AGGUCACGUACAUAUGCAGUCAGGAUCCGAUGUACUGAUUCCACUAAUGGACAUCGGUUUGAAAACUGCAUGCUAAUGUGAUCUUUGACCCUGUAGCUCUCCAUUGUGCCUGGAAAUGGGCGAAGAGAGAAACCAAGUGAGAUUCUAGCGCAGACUCGAUAAUUAUUUCUUUACUUUACGAUUUCGAUCUGAUUUAAUCUUCAGAUUGUCAGUUGCCCAAAAAUGGAGGAGGUUGCUCAGAAGUUGUACAAGAAGUACAAGGCGGAAACGCCUGACCGAGUUAAGCUUCUGGACCUUUACGCGCUCUUCCUUGCGAUAAUCGGUACUAAGGUUUCGCUUUACGGCAUUAUGUUUGGUCUUUCUAGUUGCUGAUAUUGAAGCGCCCUGUCAAUACUGAUUUGCUUAUGACACAAAAAGAUCGCAUUGCAUUGAAAAGUAAAUUUUCAAACAGCAAACGCUACUGCUCCACUCAGGUGGUCUUCUCUUCGUCUACGUAAUCCUCGUGGGCAGCUUCCCAUUUAACUCGUUUCUCUCCGGCUUCAUAGCAUCGACCGGAACAUGUGUGAUCACGAUUUGUUUGCGCGUACAACUAAUGAAUCCGAGUGUCUUCAAAUUGUCCACGGAGCGAAUGAUUGCGGACUAUUUGGUCGCAAAUUUGUGUCUGCACGUCGCGUGUAUAUGCUUUCUAGGAUAGCAUAUAAGAGAGGGGCAUGCGUGGGCUGUAAGAAGGUUAGGAAGAAGGGGAGACGUAGAAUUCAAAAAUAAAUGAAAUAGAAAUGGACAAUGUGCAACUUCAGUAUUGUGACGCAGAUGAAGAAAAUAUAGAAGAUCAUCCCUUGGUUGAAACUGUUUCUACUCUGAAAAGUCUCAGAAAUGAUGAUCCGAAUGAGGUCUGCACGGAUGAAAAAACUGGUAAUGAUGGCACUUGAGAAAGAAGAUCAAAAAAUAAUGAAAACUUGAGCUACCGUCUUUCUACUUCACAACAUCAUCGAAUUGGUGUCCUGUUGGCCGAGGCCGGACGUAUCGUGUCCUGGAAACCGGAUUUUCAUGGUCAAUUUCCGUUCCUGAAGUGAUGUAAUUAU